AUGGCUACAAAAACCGUUGAGAGUAGUUCUAGAUCUGGGCCAAGACGAACUGGCGUAGGGAGUUUAUUGAAACCAUUGAAUUCGGAAUAUGGAAAAGUAGCUCCAGGGUGGGGGACUACACCACUUAUGGGAGUUGCAAUGGCUCUAUUUGCAAUAUUUCUAUCUAUUAUUUUAGAAAUUUAUAAUUCAUCUGUUUUACUGGAUGGAAUUUCAAUUAAUUAG